AUGUAUAUUAGUCAAACAAGAAACCUAUCUGAGAACACGAAAAAAAUAGAAACAUCCAAAACUAGGAGCUCUGGUUCUAAGACAAACAAAACCCACUUGAGAAUACAAAGAAAACAAAAUAAUACCAAAACUGGAAACUCUGAAUCCAAGACAAUUAAACAAGAAAACAACAGUAAGCAUAACCUUGAAUUUGGAAAAAAAGAAUUUGUGAUUAUCAAUGAUCAUUUGUUUAUAUAUCCUCUGGUUAUUACGUAA